UUUAGAGAGUAUACCCAGCUGUCACAGAAUGUGGCUAUGUUUAUACACCUGUACAGUCAAAGUGUAAACUUGAAUGUAUCACUAGCCCAUUAUAAUUGUUUUGUGUGAGGCCAUUAUAGGUGUCCACACUGUGAUAUUGCUGGAAUAUGGAAGUCGUGAAACCCUACUCUCUCAGAGUUAAACAGAGACCAGCCAUGCAGCAGGAAGGUGUGGACACAGUGGCGGAGGGGGCAGUCAUUCGGAAUGACACUACUGACCAUCAACUAGAGAGUGAGGUGACGAGUGCAGAACCUAGUCGGGAACUUAGUCAAGGGAACUGCUGCAAAGGAUUAUCCUCCAGGUUCAAGCUAAACAAAGAGACCACACGACCUAACUACAAGAACUUAACGCUGAUGUUUGUAGCUUUGAUAUCAAGUUCGUUCACCUUGACCUUCCUGUUCCCCUUCCUCCCGGACAUGGUCAAGUGGCUGGGCUACUCGGAGGAGGCGAAGGGAUAUUAUGUGGGACUAAUUGCAUCGUCAGUGUUUGCUGGAAGAGCAUGUGGGAGCUUCUUCUGGGGCUGGUUGUCGGACGUCAAGGGGAGGAAAGUGGUGUUGUUGCUGACGAUUGCAGGAAAUGGCAUAUUUUCCUUGUUAUUUGGGUUCUCUGUCAACCUGCCGAUGGCCAUGUUCCUCCGCUUCAUGUCAGGCCUAUGCAAUGGCACUGUGGGCACGGCGAAGACUGUCUUGUAUGAGGUCUCAGACAACACAAACCAGGCUAUUGGCAUGUCGGCCAUUGCUCUGGCCUGGGGAACAGGCCUGAUUCUGGGACCUACCUGUGGAGGCUAUUUGGCGAGUCCGGCCAUGAAGUACCCCAGUGUGUUUGACCCCGAGGGGUUCUUCAGUCAGUACCCUUUCUGCCUGCCUUCCGUCGCGGUGCUUGUCAUCUGUGCAAUUGGUUUCUUUGUCGUGCUUUUUAAGUUUGAGGAAACCCUUCAAAUCAAGAAGGAUGUGGUUGAAAUAUCUGAUCCUGAAGAAGAUGCUGAUGAGGUUAAACCCCUGACAGACAAAGUCUCUGUGUCAGCUAGUCACAAUAACAUAUAUAGAUCACGUGACAGUCUACAUUUCGGACCGCUGUCGGCCAUGUCUAUAGAGGACAUACACUGUGUGUCAGAGACGGAGCCUUCUUUGGUGUCAUUGUUAUGCGUCAGUGACAUCAGGGACAGCAUACUUCUGUACACUGUGUUUUCCUUUGGCGUGAUUGGCGUAGAGGACGUCUUCACCAUCUUCCUGUCUACAGAACCACACUACAAUGGCAUGGGGUUCACAUCCAACGAGAUUGGUCUGGCGCUGGGCGUGGUCUCGGUGCCAAUUCUGGUCGUUCAACUAUUAGUAUAUCCAGCAAUGGUUCUCAAAUUUGGAAUUAAGAAGACCUUCCUGAUAGGAGGAAUGGUGUUGGUGGUGACAGUUCAGACGCUGCCCAUGCUGCACCGGCUUCAUGACAACAAGGUGUUGUUAUGGACGCUGUUGAUGUUGAUUACGUUGCCGGAGAGACUGGCCGUCAACUGCUGCUUUUCUGGUUCGUCCUUGAUGAUAAACAACUCCGCCAACCCACUGAAUGCCGGAACAGUCAAUGGUAUAGCCAUGACCUUCACUGCUAUAGCAAGGACUCUAGCCCCUACAGUUGGAGGGAGUGUUUAUGCCUGGUCAAUCAGCUAUGGUGCGGAAUAUCUCGGGCCACCAUUUGACCACAAUCUGGUGUUCCUCAUCUUCGGCUUAGUGUUUGCUAUUAGCAUCAUACAGUGCCUUGUGCUACCAGAGAGCCUCAACAAGCAGACCAAGAAAUCCUGAUUCACUGUCAAGAUUUCCUUGUUUUAUUUGAAUGGAAUAGGAAAGACCUAUGUUUGUGAAAUCCAGAAACAUGACAAGAAUUCCAAAUACAGAGGCAUUUGCCAGAACUUGUGUUUUUAAGGGAUUUGUUAAGUUUGUUGUUGUAUUUCUGAACAUUUCCAUUGUGGCAGCAGCAAUAACGUCACUGGCAUACGAUCCAAGCUUCGUGUUCACGGGGGAUAAUGUGGAAAUUAUUGCCGUGUUCCUGAUGAUGUGCCAGACAACACCAUGGUAGCCCCUAAUACCUGAUCAUGGGCCAGCCCGAAAUACCUGACAAGAACACGUUAUGGAGAGAAGCUGUUGUAUCUAUUGAUGUGUUCCUUAUCAUGUGCCAGCCCGAAAUACCUGACAAGAACACGUUAUGGAGAGAAGCUGUUGUAUCUACUGAUGUGUUCCUGAUCAUGUGCCAGCCCGAAAUACCUGACAAGAACACGUUAUGGAGAGAAGCUGUUGUAUCUAUUGAUGUGUUCCUUAUCAUGUGCCAGCCCGAAAUACCUGACAAGAACACGUUAUGGAGAGAAGCUGUUGUAUCUAUUGAUGUGUUCCUUAUCAUGUGCCAGCCCAAAAUACCUGACAAGAACACGUUAUCCUGACAAGAACAUGUUAUGGAGAGAAGCUGUUGUAUCUAUUGAUGUGUUCCUUAUCAUGUGCCAGCCCGAAAUACCUGACAAGAACACGUUAUGGAGAGAAGCUGUUGUAUCUACUGAUGUGUUCCUGAACAUGUGCCAGCCCAAAAUACCUGACAAGAACACGUUAUGGAGAGAAGCUGUUGUAUCUAUUGAUGUGUUCCUUAUCAU